GGAGGUGCGUAGAGAGCGCGAGCUGGAAAACAACACUGCGCUGUCCGUCCGUCGACUGUCAGUGAUCGAUCGUCGGUUGGAGCCGGCAGUGGAGCCAAGCUGCGGAGGAGACCACCGCGAAAUAUUUACCUCAGAAAAAGUGUAGUUGCAAUAGCGUUAACUCGGGGAGGGAGUUAUUAAAGUUUUCCGACGAGGUUUACCUCAGGUUUUCCGCGGCGUUUGGCCCAGGCGGUGUUCGGAGGCCUCGCCGAGCGUCGCCGACUUUCUCUCCCUCCCCCCCCCCACCCGGGGGAGGAGGGGGUAGGGAUGGCCGUGAGCUCCCGCCCCACCGACGCCCGACUGACCGUGGGAUGAAUCACACAGCGGUGUGUUGUCGUCGUAUCACGGAGGAUGACGGCGGUGCCGAGCCAAGGGAGUCCGGUCAAAACCUACGACUACCUGCUCAAAUUCCUGCUGGUGGGCGACAGUGAUGUGGGCAAGGGAGAGAUCCUGGAGAGUCUGCAGGAUGGAGCCAGCGAGUCUCCCUACGCCUACUGUAAUGGAAUUGACUAUAAGACCACUACAAUCCUGUUGGAUGGCAGGCGUGUAAAGCUAGAGCUCUGGGACACUUCAGGCCAAGGGAGGUUCUGCACUAUCUUCAGGUCCUAUUCCAGAGGUGCACAGGGUAUACUCUUGGUUUAUGACAUCACUAAUAGAUGGUCCUUUGAUGGAAUUGACCGGUGGAUUAAGGAAAUCGAUGAGCAUGCUCCAGGUGUGCCAAGGAUCUUGGUUGGCAAUAGGUUGCAUCUUGCCUUCAAGCGGCAGGUUCUCACAGAACAGGCUCGUGCCUAUGCUGAAAAAAAUGGAAUGACGUUCUUUGAAGUUAGUCCACUCUGCAACUUCAAUGUGACUGAGUCGUUCACAGAGCUAUCUCGCAUUGUGUUGAUGAGACAUGGCAUGGAAAGGUUCUGGAAACCAAACAGAGUAUUCACCCUGCAAGAUCUUUGUUGCCGAGCCAUUGUUUCUUGCACGCCAGUUCAUCUUAUUGACAAACUACCACUACCUGUUGCCAUUAAAAGCCACCUGAAGUCUUUCUCCAUGGCCAAUGGAAUGAAUGCCGUCAUGAUGCAUGGGCGUUCGUACUCACUAGCCUCAAGCAGCGGUGGAAGCAAGGGAAGCAGCUUGAAGCGGUCAACUAAACCCCCUAGACCACCACAGAGUCCACCCCAGAGCUGCACACGUACUAACUGCAAAAUCUCUUAGCAAAAUGGUUUUCUUUCAGGCUUUCAUUUUUGGCAAGAACUUUGUCAGUUCAAGCUUGAAACCUGAACUCCUCCAAUGAAAUAGUUCUCGCAGCUUCCUACUGGACCAAAUGAAGAUUGGCUCUGCAGUUUUAUUGAAAUAAACUUUUAUUUGAUCAAUGAACAAGCACGCUAGUUGAAACGGAUACUCAUUACAAUUUGUUUUGACAAUUUGCACUGAAGCUUCAAACUAGAGUGUUUUUAAAACAGCUUGCAGGUGCCACUUUUAAUAAAGGGACAGCCAGUUUUAAGGAAGGUGGUCCUGGCUUGUUUACAUGGCUUUGAUCAGAAUUUAAAUCUUUACCUUUGUCCUCCAGACUAAAUUAAUGCUCCACGUAGUAGAGAAAUAAAUCUCUGGGAAUUGAACCAGUACACAUGCAAAGAAUGCUCUUGCUACUAUACUCCUUACUAGCAUCACUAAACUCCCGUGCCUUUUGAUAUAGACUGUAUCUAGCCUGCAAUGGCCUGCACGUGGCCUUUCAUACCUUAACCAUGCCUUGCAUCUUUAUCUUCUGAAGGCCAGCUCUUAAAGGUCGACUGACAAGGUCAUGUGUUUUUUUUCCCCACCGUUCUUAAUAUACCAAUUAAUAUGUACUAUUAUUUAAUUUGCAUUAUAGACUACUUUUGUAAUAUUGUUCUGUUAUUUGUAUGCUGUCAUUGUUGAUUUAGUGCUUGUUUAAAUACAAUACAUUAGCAAAAGUUGCAAUUUUGGCUCAGGUGAUGGGAUCCAGUCUCCAUCCCCAAUUUCUUAAAUCAUGAAUAAUAUUCUCAGCAAUAUAGAGCAAUUUCAAGGCCUCCACCAUUGUUAGGAAGUGCUCGUAUUCUGAAUGGCAAUUGUAUAAAUCAACUGCACUCGGAAAUCAUGAUGGCAGAAGCACUUGUUCUUCUGUUUCCUUAACCCCCCCCCCCCUCUCUCUAUCAAGGAAAAGAGUAGAACUUACUCUUUUGUAAGUGUUAAUUGUAUUUCUCUUGUUAUAAAAAAACUUUGCAUUUUGGCCACUAAUUGUAACAGCUUUCUGUUUUGGAUGACACUUGUUAAAGGUAAACUGACUAAAUGGAGAGAAUGCAUAGGAGAAACCUACUGUAACACUGAGAAUAGACCACCUUCGGCACCUGAACUGGAUAAUAGUUGCAGUAUCACCUAGAACCUGAGAGAGAAAAAGGGAACAAUUUAAGACAAAUGUUCGAUUAUGUAAAACACUAUUUCAUAUUUAUUAUAGCUGCUGUGUGACAUUCAAUGAUUUUUAAGUGUUUUAUUGGCAUUUUACUUUGUACAGUUUCAAUGUUCGAUUGUGAAAUACAUUUUCUUUUGUAAAAUAA